AGUAUAGAGAAAUAUAACAUCAAAAUGGAAGUUAAGCACAAAGAAUCUUCAUCAGAGAAGGAAGAAGAUGGCCAAGCCAUCAUCCAAAUGUGGAGAUACAUAUUUAGAUUCACUGAAAUGGCAGCAAUAAAAUGUGUAGUAGACCUUAAAAUUGCUGACAUUAUAGAAAGCUAUGGAAGCCCCGUGACAUUGUCACAAUUAUCCUCUACUUUAAACUGCUCUUCUUCUCUCCUUCACCGCAUCUUGAGAUUUCUCAUUCAUCGUGGAAUUUUCAAACAAGAAACCAUUGAUGAAAACCAAAUAGGUUAUUCACAAACACCUAUGUCUCGCUUGCUUGCAACCAAUGUUGAGAACAGCAUGGCUCCUUUGCUUCUAUUGGAAACAAGUCCAGUGAUGCUUGCACCAUGGCAACACUUGAGUGGCCAUUUAAAGAACAGUGACACUUUGCCAUUUGAGAUUGCUCAUGGGAAGGAUUUGUGGAGGUAUGCUGAAGCAAAUCACGAACAUAAUUUGCUGUUCAAUGAGGCCAUGGCUUGUGGUGCUAAGAUGAUUGUUUCAGCUAUAAUUGAAGGGUGUGGGGAUGUUUUUGAUGGAGUUAGAUGUUUGGUGGAUGUUGGAGGUGGAAAUGGAAGCACUUUGAGCAUUUUGGUGAAGGCCUAUCCAUGGAUGAAAGGUAUUAACUUCGAUCUUCCUCAUGUUGUGUGUGCUUCACCACAAUAUGAGAAUGUGGAGCAUGUUGCUGGUAACAUGUUUGAUUUUGUUCCAAAUGCUGAUGUUGCUUUCCUCAAGUGGAUUUUACAUGAUUGGGACGAUGAAGAAUGUAUUAAAAUUUUGAAGAAAUGCAAGGAAUCGAUUCCAAAAAGUGGAGGGAAGGUGAUAAUCAUAGAAGCAAUUAUAGAAGCUGAGAAAGGUGAGAAAAAGAACAAGAAGUUAUCAGAUGUGGGAUUGAUGUUUGACCUAGUCAUGAUGGCCCAUACCAACAGAGGCAAAGAAAGAACAGCUCAAGAAUGGGCUUUCCUUAUCCAUCAAGCUGGCUUCACUACACACACCAUUACACCCAUUCAAGCUAUCCAAUCACUUAUUCAAUGUUUCCCUUAAAAUCAAAACAACCAAUCAAUCAAAAAAACUUUGUGUUACUACUUCUUCUAUAUAUGUACUGGUUAUAGCAUCUAUUUCUACUGUCCUACUUUAUAUUGAUAACAAUAGACUUGUUGCUGCAAAUAUCUUCGCAUUGGGUUAAAUAAAUUCUUGUGGUUUUGCUGUUA